AGCGUCUUCACUCAGCCAGUGAAACAAUCAGUGUCCCAGUGACAGUACUGGCACCUGCCCCAGUCAAUCCACCUGCAAAGGCUGUUCCUGAGGCUGUCCCUCUGGACCAGACAGCAUUCGAGAAGAUGGUGAAGGACAUCAUAGAGAAGCAGCAGGUAGUUCAGCAGCAACAACAAUUGCAGAUUGAGAAAUGUCCGAUGCUGUCUCGUGGCCAAACAACCUUGCUUGGAGGUGUGCUGAAAUGCAUCUGUGGUUUUCACACUCUAAAGCCCACUGCGUCAAACGUUACUGGACCAGCACAAAAGGUGGUGGAACAACCUCAUGCUGCUGAAACAGCAAAGAAGGUCAUGGAGCAGAGUCAGCCUGACAUCCAGCCUCAUCCCCUGCCCAAGCCCCAGCCAACUGCACCUGUGGAAGCAAGAGUUGCAACACAAUUUUCAUUGACACCAGAUCCUACAGUUCCAACCCCUGUCCCCAGAGCCACUGCAGAUGUGUCCAAUCCCGCUCAGCCAUGCAGGAUCGUCUCUACUGCUCCUUCUGGGGCAUUAUUGCAAGGUCCAUCUGUAGUUCAACUUCCUCGUUUGUGGUCUGAGACCAUACCACCAGAGGAUCACAAGUGGAUUGGCAAAAGGCUUUUCAAAAUUGGAUCCAAAGGAAAGCCAGCACUUCGUGAUGACCUCCAGCUCUGGUAUUACCCCCCACAACCAGCACUUAUUUACAAUCAGGCUCCAGCUCCAGACAGAUUCUUUUGUCAUACUCUUCUGCUGUGGAUGCCAUACAAGCUGUGGAGGGUUAAGGUUCUCUGUCCCAAUCCAGCCUGCGGACAACAUCAGCUGACAGGAGGUGGUCUGCACAAAAUGGCACGGCAGGUUCUAGACAUUGACAGAACAUACAAUAUGGUCACAGAAACCCUUAUCUGUACAAAGUGUAGAGCCUCACAUGUGUCCUGGAGUCAGACUGUCCUGCAACAGCUAGAUCUGGGCCAUCGCUCUGAGUUUCAGGUCAUCCUCACGCGGAAGUAAGUACACUUUCAUUCCUCAUCCAGUUGUUAACCCAUCAUCACGUGUGUGUAUGUAUGCAAAUACUUUACAAUUAAAUAGCUAAAAUAUAUGAAUAUGUGGAUUUUGCUUUUCCUAAGGGACGCCUGUGAUAUGCGGGUCAUCAGGCUCUUGCGUGAGCGUGGCUUAGGCAAUAGUCCCACUAGGGUGAUAAAGCAGCUUUGUGAAAACCACAGCGAGCAGUGGCUCCAUCGUCUGGCCCGGUACACCACACAAUGUGUUGACUUCCUCAAUCAACCCGGGGUGAUGCCAGUAAAUUUCCAGGAGCCCCCAGAGCCUACGGUGGUGCCAAGCUGCAAGUGGUUGCUCACCGUUUACAGCCAAGACAUUCUGACCAGGCUGGAUGAAAUCCAUGCCAGAAUAACAUCCACCUAUGGCUCUGUCUUGAAGAUGGAUUCUACUAAAAAGAUCACCAAGAAGCUGGCUGGGACAGCGAGGGGAACGGGACUCUGGCUUACCUCUGUUGGCAACGAGUUUGGUCAGGUGCUCAUAAGUGUGCUGACAGCCCAGGAAGGAGCAGGACUUGACAUGAUGGUAGACGGUCUGGUGAAAAGAUACCAGCAGGCUGGUGUAAAUCCACCUUCUGUGUUGUACGUGGACUGUGGGUGCUGCAGUGAGGUGAGUGAGAGCAAGCUGAAAACCAGGUUUAGGGGCUGACCAGAUCUCAUGAUACGCUUGGACAUCUGGCAUUUUAUGCGCAGGAUUGCCUUGUGGUGUACAACUGAUGCCCAUCAGUUGUACCCCAUUUUCAUGUCACGGCUAUCAGCAUGCAUCUUUGAAUGGGAUGCAGCUGACGUCUCUAUCCUUCGCAAAGCAAAGAGAGAGCUGUUGAUGUCCCAGGGUUGGCCUGCGCUGACAGAUGAAGAUGUAAACAAGCAUCUGACCAGGGAGGAGCUGGCUCUACAUUGCCGGAGGAGGACCCGUGGAAAGGAGACUACCAUCCUUCUCCUUGAACAACUGCUUACAGAACUCCUGAGCAGCAAGGGAAAUGACUCUCUGGGUGUUCCUCUCUUGGAUCGAGAAAGAUGGAGCACAUCUGGUGUGUCCAAAAGAAGCACAUCAAGUGUAUCCAAGACCCUCUUGGUGUUGCCCUCUAUACUGAGACCGGGAGCCUAACCAAGGGAGGUGUGCUUCUGAAGACUUACAGAUGUGCCAGAGGCUCCACUUCUCUUGAAUCCUUUCAUUUACACCUUAACCGUUUCAUCCCAGCUAUGUAUUUGUCGAACACACACUGCAUGUGCAAAGAAAGAACAUUUAAGUGUCUGUGUGUUUAACAUUGCCUAAAAACUGUUGUCUGUUUACAGGGACCAGUGCAAACAGUCUGAACUUUCAGAUUUAUUUGUUGGAGGGUCUACACAGGUGGAACCAGGAUCGGGAGGCAGCUUCCAUGUCAUCU